AUGGUUGCAGACGAAGAGGAAGAAUCGGGGACGCUGACGGUGUCGGAGAAGGUUGCAAUGACGGCAGAGAUGGCACGGCCAAAGAUGUCACAGAAUGCACGACAGCAGGCGCCCACGGCGAUGGCCGCCGCCGCUGCGGCGGCAGCUUCGAGAGAAAGAAGGGCUGCAGAGAGCCCGAGUCAGACAAGAUCACGAUCAGAGGGCAUGUCUACAGAAGGUGGGAGAGACAUGGGGGGUAAAGUUGCGGUUCUAAAGAGUGCAGGUAUAGGCAAACGUCGAAGCAAGAAAACUGGACCCGGUGCCGGCACAGGUGAUGGCGACAACGGCGACGAUGACAAAUACUUCUCGAAGUAUCUCUCAAUCCUCGAGCCGUUUCCCGUAGAGCCGCCUCCAUACUUCACGACGCUGCCCCGGAUGGCAAGGCCUGCGUUCUCCGACUUUGAGAGCAAGAACGAGGCGUUGCCUGGGUAUGUGCCGACGGUGUACAAGUUGGGCAUUUUGUACAGGAAGACGGAGUGGAACUCGCCGUUCGAGAUGGCGAGCCAGCGACAGUGGAGACCCUACAUCGUGGAGCUCAACUCCACGCAGCUGAACUUUUACCGGUGUCCGUUCCGGGAGGGCGACCCGGUGCUGAAGAAGUUUGACGCCUCGUCGUCCUUCUCGAGCUCGAACUCUCACUCGCUGCUACACCCGUACCACCAUCACCAUCUUUAUCUGAAGCGGGAGCAGGGCUGCAAGGCGCCCAGCGCCGUCGACACAGAUGCGUUGUCCAAUUACAACGAGGACAACUACCGCUCGGUGAUGACUACCAAAACCGACUUGCGGGCGUUGAAGUUCUUCAAGUCGAUUGGCGCCUUGGAGUCGACGAAAGUCGUCAGGUCGUUCACGUUACAGUAUGGCAGAAUCGGACUUGCCAUCGACUACAAGAAGAAAAGUGAUGUCUUCCGCGGGCGGUUUGAGACAGAACAGUUUUUGCUCAAGUUUCCCUCCACGGAGGCAAUGGUUGAAUGGUACAACGCCAUCAAUUUGGGAAUUGACACGGCGUUGGACCUCUCCCGGCGGGAGAUGCCCACGUACCGGACGGUUCCCCGCAGGCGCCGCCGCAGACAUAGAACUCACUAUAGGCCCCUCAACGUCGCCAUGGGCAUCACCCUGGGUGCCCACCACGUACGCAUCGCGGACCAGCACACGAGAAGAGGUUCUUCUUCGUCUGCACCGAGCCACACUACCUCCAAAGACAAUCCAGAAAGCUACAAAAAUAAGGACAAAAGUGAAAACUCAAGCUUGAUGAGGUUUUUUAAAAAACGAUCCGGCUCUUCUUCUGGAAAUUCCGCCAACGAAGGGUUGGCAGGCAUGUUUCGGAAAAACAGGACAUCAAACUCGGCGCCGGGGGCCUUUAUUGCAUCGAGCUCUUCAAGCUCUAACCACCAUCACAAGCGUGCAGGGAGUGCCGACGACCAAAACAUUGUAAUGCUUGCCGACAACAUGGCCAAUUCUCAUAUCGAUACAGAUUAUGGUGACGAAGGUUUGGACGGAGAAGACUAUGAAGGUUCGGACGACGAUGAGCUUAUCGAUGAUGAUGAGGACGAAUACGAGAUUAGCGUCCACCUGGACGAUGAAAACGACGAGCAUGACAGUGAUACUGCGAGCGAAAACAACGUUGAUAAUAAUAGGGAUGGAGACAACACAGGCAUCAACAAUGGGAAUGCAUUUAAUGAUUUGGGAAAUGGUCAUGAAGCAAAGGGCUUUCACGAGCUACAGAAGCCGAACGAGUCGACCCCAGGAAUACGAAACAGGUCGUCGGAGUCAUCAAGAUCAACGGGCUCUUUGCAUUCUACAACUAACAGGAUAAACACUGCAAAUACGACCCCGCAGUCGGUGCUGACGCCAAUACAGUCCAACACAGGGGGGAGUUUGCCAGCAACGUGCAAGCUCCGCACUUACAGAGAGUACAUUGCAAAGCCGUCUCCACACUCAAUUAACACGCAUACCUUCCCUGCCCAGCGGAAGAUUUUGCGGGACUCCAUCAGGUGUAUGGUGCCGCUGGUGGAAAACGAGCGUUGGACCGGCAGAUAUGUGCUUCUAGACAUCGGCAAGAGCUACAGGCCACAGGGCCGGGAUGCAGUUGAUCGCCAUUUCCAAUCACUGGAAGUGCUCACCCAUGUGGGUUCUGUGGGGGGCAACUAUGUGCACAAGUUCCAGCGGCCGCUCCAGGAAUGGAUUGUCACGCCAAGUGGAUUGAUUCCACACAUCAACCCAAGCUACAACCGCUGA